AUGGCGAUAUUUUCUAGGAAGCGCAGUGAUGAGCAGGGCGAGAAGACAGCAGCACCUGUGCAAGAUGUGUCGCAAGGGGACCAAAGCAGCGGCGAGGAGGGCACCGUCGAGGAAGGGGCCGAGGAUGACCUGCACCGUGGAAUGAAGGCUCGGCAACUAAACAUGAUGGCUAUUGCGGGCGCCAUUGGAACUGGUAAGCGUCGCCAAACGCCGCAGGCGCACCCCGAGAUGCGACUUACAGCCGCUAACGCAUUGCGCCCAGGUCUUGUUAUUGGCACUGGCACAUCAUUAAAGUUCGGUCCCGGAUCCCUCCUCAUCGGAUACGCCUUCAUGGGCUUCGUCGUCUAUGUGGUCAUGGUCGCGCUUGGAGAGAUGGGCGCCUGGUUGCCAAUGAAAAAGAGUUUCUCCGGAUAUGCAUCACGCUUCGUCGACCCGGCCAUGGGCUUCGCCACGGGUUGGAACUACUUCUUCAAAUACGUCAUCGCACUGACUCUCAGACAGAUGAUUCACGUCUCCUUCUUUGGUGAAGCCGAGUUCUGGAUGUCGCUGGUCAAAGCCCUCGUCAUCCUGAUGCUAAUCCUACUGUGCUUCAUCAUCGCGCUCGGCGGCGGCCCCAGCCACGUCCGCACCGGUUUCUACUUCUGGCAGAACCCAGGCGCCUUUGCCCCGUACACAGCGACAGUGGCUGGCCAGACGACCGUCAUCGGCGGUGACACCGGCCGCUUCCUCGGCGUUUGGGCGUGCAUGGUGCAGGCUACGUUUGCCUACCUCGGCACUGAGCUGGUCGGUGUGGCCUUCGGCGAGACCCCCAACCCCCGCAAGAACGUCCCGCGCGCCGUCAACCAGACACUCCUGCGGAUCGUCUUCUUCUACGUCGCCGGCGUGCUGGUCCUCGGCAUGGCCGUGCCCUACAACAGCCCGAUCCUGCUCGACGCCACCAAGAAGGGCACCAGUGGAUUGGCAUCCCCCUUCGUCGUAGCCGCACAAAUCGCGGGCGUCAGCAAGCUGGACGACGCCGUCAACGGCCUGCUGCUCAUCUUCACCAUCAGCGCGGCCAACUCGGACAUCUACCUGGCGUCGCGCACCGUGUGGGCGCUGGCCAAGGACGGCCAGGCGCCGCACCUGAUGCAGCGCACCAACAAGCGCGGCGUGCCCAUCCCCGCCGUUGCCCUCUCGUCCAUCUUCAUCGCGCUCGGCUUCAUGAACGCCACCAAGUCGGCCGCCACCGUGUUUGGGUACUUUGUGUCGCUGGUGACCGUCUUUGGCGCGCUCAACUGGGUCGCCGUGCUGGUCAGCUACCUGGCUAUGAUCAAUGCCAUGAAGGCGCAGGGCGUCCCGCGUUCGGUUAUGCCCUAUAGGAAUAUCCUGCUGCCGUGGGGCGCGUAUAUUGCGUUGCCCAUCACCAUGCUGGUUAUUAUUUUCAGCGGGUACUCGGCGUUUAUCCCGCACUUUCAGGUCGACAAGUUCUUGACGGCGUAUAUUGGCAUUCCGGUGUAUGUGAUUAAUAUCUUUUGGUGGAAGUUCUUCAAGAAGACAAAGCGGGUCCAGCCCAUGGACGUGGAUUUGGUGACGGGACGUCGUUCUUAA